CUUAGUGUAUUACAUAUAAAUAUACGUUCUAUAGUUAAACACUUUAGUGAAUUGUUAGUAACAAUAGGCAAUUGCCUCGAUUUGUUAGAUAUAAUAGUUUUAACUGAGUCUAAUAUAAAUUACUCAUUAUUAUCAUUUUAUAAUAUUAAAGGGUACAACCUAAACAGUUAUGUUAGAACGGGUCGUAGCGGUGGUGGCGUGUUGGUGUACACGCGCGCUGAGUUGUGUGCAUGUGUGUGUGACCUAGCAACACCUGCAAAUUGUGCUCGGGCGGCGGAGUACGUUUCCAUUACACUUGAUUAUAAUAAUGAACAGAUACACCUUUUAUCAAUUUACAGGCCUCCUAAAAUUAAUAAACAAGAUAAAAUAAAACAGUUUCUAAUUGAAUUGCGAAGCAUCCUAGAAACUUUACCACCAAAUAAAAAAGUAAUUAUAUGUGGCGAUAUUAAUAUUAACCUUUUAAAUAGUUCUGACCAAUAUGUUAACUCGUAUGAAAAUUUACUUUCUGAAUACGGUUUUACUAAAUGUAUAAAUGACGUCACGCGUAAGGAAAUUUUACUAGGUAAAAUUGUGCAAUCUUGUUUAGACCACAUAUACAUAAGAGCGAAUAAUAUAUCUAUUAACUCGGCAGUUAUAAAAUAUAAAAUCUCUGAUCACUUUUUUGUGUCAGCCGUGGUGGAAUGGAAACAAACUCCGACGCCGCGCGCGCGAUUCUCGUGCACAUGCGCCUAGCAAACGGGUACUUGACAAUAAAAUUGUAAAACAAAAAUUGGAAAAUGUCGAUUUCGAUAGUUUAUUGUCAAUUGAAUGUCCAUGUGAAUUGUAUAGUAAAUUUUGUGGAAUAUUUACUGACAUUUAUAAUGAAAGUUAUAAAAUUGUAUGUACAAAAAGCAGUGAGAGAAAUAAUAAACCAUGGAUAGAUAACAAUUUGAAAGCUAUGAUAGAGGAAAAAGAUAGAUUAUUUAACGUAUGGUGUAACGAACCAAAGAAUAUGCUAAAACGCCUUAAUUAUACUAGAUAUAGAAACAGAUGCCAAAAAGCUAUAAAUAAAAGUAAAAAUAUAUAUGAUACAAAUAGUAUAAUAGAUUGUAAAAAUAAUAUUAAGAAGCUAUGGGAAAAAAUAAAUAGUUUAAUAGGAAAUACAAAACCGUCCCUAGAUAGUUUAAUUAUUUCUAAUAUGGACAGCUCAAUAUCUAUUUCGGAAGUAUGUAAUAAAUUUGCAAUAACAUUUACAGAAGAAAUAGAAAAAAUCAAGCAUCAAUGUAAUGAAACAUGGAUAAACAGAAAGGAAUAUGUGGCACUCACGGACAGGUCUAUGAGAUGGCAACCGGUGACCGCUAGCGAUAUAAACAAUGUCAUUAAAACCAUGAGUACUAACAAAUCACCGGGAAGUGAUUUAGUUCGUAUGUCCGAUAUAAAAAUAAUUGCGAAAAAGUUGUGUCCUGUACUGGCCAAACUCGUAAACCUGUCAGUUGCUACAGGUACUUUCCCAAAUAAAUUAAAAGAGGCAAUUGUACGUCCUAUACACAAAAAAGGAAAUUUUAAAGAUGUUUCAAAUUAUCGACCGAUAGCCAUAUUGUCAAGCGUAGAUAAAAUUAUUGAGAAAUGUGUGGUCAAUCAACUAGGAAAAUAUUUACAACAGAAUAAUAUUGUCAAUAAGUGUCAACACGGGUUCUUAAAGGGUAAAAGUACAAGUACACUGUUAUCUGAAUUUACUGACGAAAUUAAUAAUUAUUUAGAGGAUAAAAAAAUUGUAAUAUCCAUAUUUUUUGAUUAUAAGAAAGCAUUUGAUACAUUGCAAAAAGAUACCCUUAUUAACGCUAUGAAGGAGUGCGGUGUGGGACAACCACUAAACCAGUGGUUUAGUGAUUACCUCACAGGGCGCUCUUACCGGGUAAAGGUGGGUGAUACUCUCAGUGACAGGGUGGAGGUACGGAGCGGAGUGCCUCAAGGAUCAGGAUGUGGUCCUAUCUGCUACCUCAUGCACGUGAACAGCUUAUGCGGAGUGUUGCGUCAUUGCUCGUCAUACAUGUACGCAGACGAUCUAUGUGUGCUCCGCGCCGGAACCGACAUCAAUGACAUCUGUCCGUUAAUCCAACAAGACAUAGACGCGGUAGUUAAAUGGUCCCAUGACAAUGGGAUUAUUCUAAAUGCUGAUAAAACCAAACUUCUUGUCAUCAGAUCACCAUAUUCACACCUAUCCAUUCCUACUCCUAAAUUGAUAACGCACGAAUACUCAUGUUUUCAUAAUCAUUUAAUAAAUUGUAAUUGUAAACCUGUUGAAGCUGUUAAUUCUGUUACUUAUCUUGGUGUCAAAAUAGAUGAGAGUUUUUCAUGGUCCUGUCAUGUAGAUUACAUUUGUAGUAAAUUAAGAAUAUUACUUAGUAAGUUUUAUCAUUUAAGUUACAAAGUUCCUAUUAAAAUAUUAAGAUGUUUGUAUAUAUCCUUAGUAGAAUCAAUAAUAAGUUAUGCUCUUGAUAGCUACGGGCUAACGUUUAAGACUUACAUAAAUAAAUUAGAAUCAUUACAAAUAAGAUUUCUUAAACUAUUAGUUACAAAAAAGACUAAAAUAAGUUGCAAAGACGAUUAUAGAAAAUUGUUUAAAAUUUGUAAGAUCUUACCGGUUCAUUUAAAACAUACAUACCUUUUAGCUAUAAACCAGCACGGCAGGAAGGAGCAUGACUUACCUAUUGUGACAAAUAACCACAGUACACGGUCGGUGGCUGCCGGUAAAUUUAAUGUUCCAAGAGUCAAUAAUUACUUCGGCGAUAGAACUCUAAAGAAACGUAUACCUUACGUGCUUAAUAGUUUGCCGGCAGACAUUCGACAGGAAAGUAAUAAAAGAAUUUUUAAAAGUAAGUUAAAAAAAUACCUGUUUAAAAUACUUAUAUAGAAUAAUAAUAAAUACUUAAAUAAAUACUUAUAUAGAAUUAAAUAUAAUAAUUCUAAUUAAAUACUUAUAUAAUAAUUAUAAUAAUUCUAAAUAAAUACUUAUAUAGAAUUAUAUAGAAUAUAUAUUAUAUAGAAUAAAUAGUAGAUAAUAAUAACUUUGUAUAACAAUGCGGCGCAACACCCACAGUCAAACCGCUAAACCGGUUUUGUGGGAAAUUGUCAUAAAUAUAAUGCUGUAUUUCUUUUAUAUAAAUAAAUAAAUAAAUAAAUAAAU